AUGAACACUAACUGUUCCAAGUGGAGGUUCUCCUCUGCCUCACAUGACAUCUUAACAUUGAUACGUGAGGGCAGCCAGAGCUGGGGAUGUGUCAGUGGAUCCCGUCUUCCAGUGUUGGCGCUUGUUUCGUCGUGGUGCUUGGUAGCUGACUUUGAAGCAAUGGCUCCUCCAAAAGCAAAAUUGGAAGUUCCCAAAUAUAAGACAGGUCAAGAUAUUGAGGAUUAUUUGAAAGUGUUUGAGUUGAUAGUGGAUGCUAGUGGCCUUACUGCUGAGCAGAAGAAAACUCAGUUUCUGAUUAGCUUUGAGAUAGGAACUUUAUAUCAUAGGUUGAUCCGUGAUGUUCGUGGUGAUGGAUCCUUUGCUGAUGUUAAGGCAAGACUCAUUUCAACUUUCAAAGGAAAGUUUGCAGAGUUUGAUAGCAUGAUUGCUUUCAAAAAGAGGGUUCAGCUUCGAACUGAGUGUCAUCAGGCUGGGCAUGCUCCUCAGCAUUGUCAGGCUCAAUCUCAAUCUGUUAGAUCACCAUCUCAUAGUCCCAAUGGAAAUCCCAGACAAAUGAAUCAAAGGCAGAUGGGGACACCACCUCCACAACAUCGAUUCUCAGUUAUCUUGGGAAUGGAUCUUCUUCAGAAUAAUCCUUUUAUUCUUGACCCACAGAAGCAUGCACUCAUCAAGAGGGUCCUAGCAGACUCAGAUGAUGACAGGCACUUUGUAAAGGCUCCAGUUCCAGUACAUGCCUUAUAUGAUUUUAAAAUUCAACCUGCUCAAGAAACAGCAAUCAGAAUACUGAAUCCAACCCAAUCAAAUGUGAUCAUUAGGAAGAAUCAGGUUGUUGCUGAGUUUGCAGAAGUUGGUGGUGACAUUGAGAACAUGUGGAGAGGAGGGAAGCGUUUUUCCAUCGGCAUAUCUCAUGGGGAGAGUCGAAACACAAAGAUGUUUCAACCAACCGGCUCAUCCAUCCCUGUCAACCCUGAAGCCUAUCUGAUGCCGAUCUCCUUUCUUGUGGUCGGACAUUCCUUCAUUGAGAGGGCUAUGGCUGUAGCUGUCGCCCAACCUGACCGAUUUCCUCGCCUGUAAACAUCUGCUGGGACCCGAUUUGUUGGGCUCCCAGGAGCAACUGCCAAGUCCCUCUUGGACCAUUUGCAGCGAGACAUCUUUACUGGUAGCCGACCCCGUGUUCCCCCACAUGUCAGUGUGCAUUGUGGAGAGAACUAAUUAGAUAAUCGGGAUCUUGCUGAGGAGCUGGGAUUUUAUGUCGAGUGGCAUCUGGACCUUCUUUUCUUUUUCUUGCUGGGGCCCAAAAAAUUGUUGUUAUUAAACCUUACCCUAGGGGUGAGUUUCCCAACCCUGAUAGGGGGAGGAGGGCAGUUGCCAACUUUGAGUCACACUGUUGCACGUACUCUUCUGUCCUUGUGUCCUGAUGCCAAUUACGGUUCGGAGAUCAAGUUAUCUUUGAACAUAAUGCAUACUGACACAUGGCCCCUGACUGCCGUUUUCUUCUUGAUGGGGUUCAUUUGCAACCGGGAGUGCCUCAAAACUUACACACACAUGUUGCAGAGGACUAGGGACCUCCUAGAAAGGCAAUGCCCGAUCACCUCUGGAUCAUCUUUGUAAUUUAUAAUUUUCUUGGCAACCUUGUAAAUUUUUGGUAACCAUAAAAUUUCUCCAACUGUGAUUUCCCUUUUUUGGGUAACCUUGUAAUUUAGCCAAAUUGUAUCACUUUCUCCAGUGCAUUGAAUUUCUGGUUAAUUUGGCUCCAUUAUUCUUGGAUAUAUACUAGGAUGGCUUUGUUUAACUAACUUAGCUUGUUUGAUGGAUGGAUUUGGCUUCAGCUCAUUUCGUGCCCAAUUUUGUUUUUCUCCUUCAAUCAUUCCAGUUUUUGGUCAUUAUGGUGUAAACAAAUGAUCUGGAUGCAAGCUCACUUGAUGUGCUAUAUUGGAUGCUCCUUGUUUGUGCCCAAGUGGCCAUUGCCCAUUUGUUCUUUUGUGCCAAUGUAGCUGUUGAUCAUUUUUGCCCACACAGCUAUUGCUCAUUUUGUGCCUAAGCAGCCAUUUGUUUUUUUUUUGUGUGCCAAAGUGGCUAUCUGCCUUUUGGCUCUUGGAAAAUUUUUUUUAUGUGAUGGCAUUUUUCUUUUAUUUGAUCCAUUUCUCUUUUAUUUUGAAAAUUUCAAGGGCACUCAAUCUUGUGAUAAUACAAGUCUUCUUCACUUGUGGAAAAUGGGUAUUGAACUUUUGAGGACAAAAGCUUGUGAACUGAAAGGGCAUAUGUAGUGUCAUGUGACUGAGGAGCAGACGACAGGACCAGCAUCCAGUGUUGCUGAAAGGGACUAGACCAGCUUUGGCUUUGAGGACA